CACCAAGUUGAUAGUGCUUGUAUCCGUACGAGAGAAGCGCGGAUCGUGGGUUCAGUAUCCAUUGGCAACAUCAACUUGAACCCACAUCGCAAUGUCGAGGGCGUGCGAUUGUGGGUAUUGAUGGUUGACAGCCUGUGCACUCGAAAACGCCCCUUAUGUGAUUAUUUGAAGUACAACUUUCUCUCCGUUUACUGCUGCAAGUUGCCGGUCUCUUGUUGCUGAUUCAUUCAGGGUAACCGGAGCCGAGUGGGAAUAGGCAAUCGGGCGGCCGCGAGAGCCUCAGUGCCUUGUGGCCAAACUCUAGCCACCAACCUAGCCGAUGACGGACAUUUUCAGGAUCUCUGCAAGCUUUUCACGGUUGUCGGAUGGAAGUGCCCUGCUAUAUAAUGACGGGUCUCAAUGAGUCCCAUCUGAUGUUUCCAAAACAUGUCGGACAAUCGCUCCUAUUUCCCGUCAACCUCGUCAUCACAACCUACAUAUUCUAGGGUAGUUCAGAUGACCACCACGCCUGAACCCGAGCCCAAGGCCGCACCAGCGGCUGCCCGUACUGGGUCAACCACAGCGAAAACAACAAUAGAACACGUUGGGCAUCACCUCAAAGAGAACAUUCGAAGCACCAUGUUUUGCGAAAUCCAGCUCUUACUGCUGACAUUUUGCACGGGUAUCCAAGAUGCAACGACAUUUCCAGAUUACCACUGCUUCGCAUCGAACCAGACUGGCAACACAAUCUUCCUUUGCGUGGCGCUGGUGCUCCCUCAUCUCAACGGUGAAAUGUUUGUGACGUCCAACAUUGGCAUAGCCCUGGGCCUCUUCCUAGGCGGCGGGUGGUUGACUGGUCAGCUGGGCCAUGCCAUCGGCCCGCGGAAGAGGUGGUGGCUGGUUCUCUGCAACUUUGUGCAGAGUGGUCUGGUGCUGGGCGCCGCCGCGAUACAAUAUCGGCACGGGAUAGCUGUCCAGGGUCCAAAGGCACUUUCGGUCAUUGGGCUGCUGGCCUUUGCAUCCGGCAGUCAGGUCGUGCAGUCGCGCAGCCUGGCCAUGACGGAGAUCAGUACUGCCAUGGCCACGGCAGCGUGGGUUGACCUGUUGAUAGACAAGAAGCUGCUGGCGUUUGACAACCGACCUAGGACACGUCGGGUGGCUUUCCUGGCAUCGUUGAUCCUGGGAGCAUUCGCAGGGGCGUUUAUCUACCGCGAGGUCGGAUCAGCAACGGCGAUAGCCGUUUCUGGCGCUGGCAAGUUGUUGGUGACAGUCAUGUUCGUUUUUGCGGGUGCUGAGAAGGAGCCAAAGACCGAUUCGGUUGUCUGAGAGGGGGAUUUUAGGCAGUUUGGGUUACAUCGAUGGAGCAUAAGAAGAGAAUGAUAGAACUAAUUUGAUGAAUCGACCGAGAGUGAGCGUGAUUGAGGGUUUGCUGCCUAGCCUUGCGCUGAAGAGGCGCGGGGGGUUCCAGUGAUUGAAGUCACGGGAUCUCGCGUGGGCGAUGGACCCCAGGCAGCAGACAGGCAGCAGACUCCACCCUCCACUCCCAAGGUCCAGGACGCCCUUCCAAAAAA